AAGCCUUGACGGGCAAGGAAGCAAGCCAGCUAGCGCUCGAACAGAAAUCCCCAAUCUGACUGCGAGCUCCCUUCUCCUCCAGAUCUUUUCGACAUCGCUGAGCGCUGAUCGGAGUCCGACUGCGACCGCGACCUCCAGAUCGAUCUCUCGCGUAUAUAGCUCGGCGCUCCGCCGCCGCCGGCGCAUCACGCUUCCCAGAACUCUCUCGCCUACGCUGCUUCCCCCGCUCUCGGCUCUCUCAGCGCACGCACGGCGAUCAUGGCGGCGGUGAUCCGCAAGCGCCCGGCGCCGGAUGGAUUGCUCUGUCCCGCGGCGGUCGCUGGCGGUCGGAAGAAGCGGCCGCGGUACCAGUUCGGGAGCAUCUACAACUACGAGAAGCUCGAGGUGCUCGGGGAGGGCACCUACGGCGUCGUGGUGAAGGCGCGGGACCAGCGCACGGGCGAGACGGUGGCCAUCAAGUGGAUCCGCCCCGAGUACGGCGGCGGCGGCGGGGGGGCGCCCGACCUCCGCGCGGUGUUCCGCGAGGCCGGCUGCCUCUCCGCGUGCCGGGGCCACCCCUCGAUCGUGCAGAUUAAGGAGGUAGCCGCCGACGAGGUCACCGGACACGUGUUCAUCGUGAUGGAGUUCGUGGGCCCCAGCCUCGAGAGCCGCCUCACGCGUCCCUUCUCCGAGGGCGAGACCCGCGCGAUCAUGCGCCAGCUCCUGCGCGGCGCCGAGAAGUUGCACGGCGCGGGCACGGUCCACCGCGACAUCAAGCCGGACAACAUCCUCGUCGGCCCCGGUGGCGCGCUGAAGAUCUGCGACCUCGGGAUGGCGGCGCCGGCGAGGCCCGCCGGCGAGCCGUACCCGGAGGAGACUGUGGGUGCAUUGUGGUACCGCGCGCCGGAGCUGCUGAUGGGUUUCCGGACCUACGGGCCGGCCAUCGACAUGUGGGCGCUGGGUUGCGUCAUGGCCGAGCUGCUGACCGGCGAGCCGCUGUUCGGGGGCGCGGAGCCUGCGGAGACGGUGGAAGAGAUGUACGCGAAGGUGCUGGAGCUGUGCCUGUGCGGGGUGGACGUGAGGAUCCUGCCGGAGCUGUCGGAGGCCGGGCGCGAGGUCUUGCGUGGCCUGCUGAGCGUCGAGGCCGAGGAGAGGCUCACCGCGGCGGAGGCGCUCAGCCACCGGUGGUUCGACGAGGAGGACGCGCCACUGUCCUCAGCUCUUUCUUCUCAGCCGGAUCGGUGUGGUUUCAUCAGUUUCUUCUAGUGGGCAGAAAUACAGGAGGUCAGCAGCAUUAGGACAGAACUGAUUCUUGUAGUGUAGUCUUGCUGUGAUGAGUUUUUGUAGCUUGAUUGGAAAGAACCAAUCCGAUGUAGCCCUUGUGGAUCAAGACCAUGAAUUGUAAUCUUGUUCAGAUGCUCUUGUAAGAUCAAGAACUGAUUGUUGCAGUUUCUUUCUUAGUUUUUUUUCCUUCCAAGAAUCAAUGCAUUGUAAUCUUUUAUUGUUGUUUUGUCA